CUUCAAUAUUCGUUCAACAACAAUAAUCAACAGCAUCACCAGUUUUCAACAAGAAGAUACUUUUUAGGUGCAUGACAUGUGAGCGCUCCUGCCCUUGCAGCUACAAGCUCAAGACCUCUUCACUGUCUUGGUGUUUUAUUUUCGUGUGCUAGACUUUCUUGUUCUGAAGUUGUAAACGGCAGCAGAAGGUUAAUUUUGGCCGUAGCCUAUCCAUAGGUGGCGUAACUCAUAAGACAUAACUGACUGUCCAGUUUCUGUGGAGUUUGGACCCCCGUCUCAGGUCUGUUCUCUCACGUUCAACCCGUAUCAGCCAUGCCGCCUGUGAGGCAGGAAACUGCUGACCCGCUAAUCGGGGCUCUAGUCCGACUAAAUGUACACGGAGCUACGUACACUGGCAUCGUGCAGCGAAUAGACCGAUUAGGAAAUCCGUAUGUGUCCAUUCGACUGUGUUCAGAUGGAGGGUCGACCAACCUCAGUCGUCCCGGGAAGACAAUGGACUUCUAUGGUGAAGAGCUAGACAACUUGGAGCUCCUGGUGCCGGAGAAGGAUGUACCAGCCGGCCUGAGGAAGCCUGCAGCACCACGCACCAUGACGCUGCCACCCGUGACGCCGCCAAUCACUAGGGCUCCAGCUUCAACGUCUCAGGAGGAUCGGGAGUGGAACGAAUGCCGUGCAUCAACAUUCGACCAAUCUCACCGGCAGGUUAGCAAAGCAGAGUGGAUCCAGCGCUUGAAGGAAGAGCCAGCGCGGCCCAUUCGCCCCGCCGCCAACAGCCACCGGCCUAGUCCAAUGGAUGCCGACUACACACACGUGGUGGAACUCGGUGAGCGGUUCAAGUCGGUCAUCCUGACCCUGGCAGAAAGUCCUACAGUGGGCAUGACCGCUUUCGGGAAGAAUAUCAGCCGUCAUGGGGAGGUGUCUCUCUUGGCUAUGUCCUGUCGGAAAGGCGACUUCCUCUUUGAUUUGCACGAAAUUGGAGUCAAGGAAGCCAUGGAUGCUGGCAUACAGGAGGUCUUGGAGUCUCCACAUGUCCUGAAGGUCACUCAUGAUUGUCGGCACCUCAGUGACUACUUCUUUCACAAACUAGACAUCAAGAUUUUGAAUAUAUUCGAUACGCAGGCAGCGGACUGGAUGAUUCGGCGUGCGGAAGCGGGCGGGAUGGUUCCGAUUCAUGUCAAUUCGCUGCGCUUCUGCCUGCAGCGCUACCUCCAGCUGUUCAUCCACGAGGUUCGUUUCCAUGACACCAUCAAGGAUGCGGUGCAGGAGGACGCCGAUGUGUGGCUGACACGGCCGCUACAGUCCUACCUGCUGGACAGUGCGUGCAGGGCUGUGCACUAUCUGCCUGAGCUGCACGGCGUCAUGCUGGAGGCGCUGCUCAGUGAAUUUAUUCACGCCGUCGACAUCUACAUGGGCGCAGUGCGCGAUCUUACUGAUGAUGAUUCAGCAACUGAGAAUGGUGAUGUCCUGCCGCAAUUGCGCCGGGAGUUUGCCAUCAAUGCCGGCACGCGCAACUUUGCAGCACCGGGCCGAGCCACGAGUCCCGAGAGAGACGGCCUGCAUCAUGUCCCGCGCUCUGACGCGAACCCAGUCCACGACCGAGAAGUGCUCAACUCAUUCUUCACCAGCCAUCGCAAUCGCUAUGGAGAUGUUCCCGAGUCGCAGCCGUCUCAAGCCGACGCGGGCUCAUUCCCACUGCGGUCCACGGGCAGUCGUGUCACGACUUCGAGCUUCUCCGGGUUCGACCAAGACCCGAGUGACCCAGAAGAGGAAGACCACCGCCACGAGGAAUGCCUUCCGGCAGAAUCUCGAAUUUCCGAUAGCCGGCGUAUGUCAGACAGACCUGCAAGUUCACCUGCAGUGCAAGUCAAUCAUGAUGCAGGCAAAGCGGUGAAUGGUGUUGAGGAUACGAGUAUAGGCACCUCUGUGGAUGCCAUCGAUGCUAGAAACUCCCGCUCAGAGCGUGUAUCUCAAACAGCACUUGCACAGAAUGGCCUGCCAUGCAAGACACCGUGCGAAACCGGCGUUCGUCAUCUAGCCCAUCCGGCUGAGGGCAGCUCUGUUGAUCCUACUGAUGGCCAUCAUCCAGAACCCGCGUCCAGACCACCAUGGAAGCCGCGUGAAUCAGAAGGACGCCUACCUGGGGAGAUUGGUGCACAUUCUGGAGCUGUUUCAGCUAUAGGCAGUUCUGUGGAUACGGUCGAUGUGCAGCAGCAUGUACAUGUAGAACCCCGAACACCGAAGUACAGUACUGAUGAAGUGCAGCAGCAUGUACAUGUUGAACCUCGAACACCGAAGUACAAGUACAGUACAAGUAGUACAAGCGAGUGGCACAGUCCACCGUACAGCAGCAGCAGGCAAGAAGGCAUCAGUGCUCGGCGUGUGCCUGUUUCUACAUCCUCAGAUCCCAAGCAUGUUGACCGUUCCGAAUCAGAACCAAGAUCUGGAGCAGUGUCUGAGCAGCGUCAUCCACCAGUGAGCAGGCCGGAGGAGACUGGUGCUCGUUAUGCCACGGGGGUCCCAAGCGCACUACCCAAGGGAAAGUCCAAACGCCCUUCUCAUCCGCCGCAGAGCACUCUGCCUCAGGGCGUCCUGCCGCUGUCCGCCGUGACGAGUCAACCCAAGCCUAUGGAUGACCUUCCAGCCACUGGCUGGAGGCCCAAUCCAGCAGCGCUUGAAGCUAGCUGGAAGAACUUCACAGGCCGUGAGGAGACCAACCCUCGAGCUGUGAUUAUGGGCAUCGGGACAGGGGACAGUGGCCAAGGAAGCUAUGAUUCCACACCGUCGUCAAGUCCGGAGAUGGAACGUACGGAGGUUAGUGAGCAGCCCUGUCGUGUCCCGCCUUUCCCUGAUCCAGCACUGCGAGUAGGGAGAGGGUCUGGUGUGAGAUUCAGCCCAAGCCACACAGCUACCAAUGCACCUAGUAGUAACACUGGUAAUAGUAACCCCGUUGGCCGCGGACGCGGACAGUUCCUGGCGGCUGUCGGUAGCGGCAAUUGGCCUGGGAGGUAGUUGGCCAGGUGGCAUUUUAGUCUGAACAACCGUGUGUUAUGUGUGUGCUUGUAUUUUGCCUGUUUUGAUAGACUCCUCACUGCUGGAAUGCCCUUGAUUUGAACCAGUGCUUUCCUAGUUUUUGUUAUCAUAAAUAAUUAUAGUCAGUGCUAAGAAUGGAAAACGUUCUAUUUGUGGAGAUUUUUUUAUCUUUUUGAAUGCGAUCAGUCUCUUCUGGUCUGUGUCCUUCUUCUCCAAGUCUAGUACAUUUUUAUUUCUUCAUCUAUGGCCGUUGACAGUCUUAUCGCGGUGGCUUUGUAUCCGUUGUAUUGCCUCUGUGCAGUUGAUCUUUCAUGCGUUCUUCAUUCUUCAUAGACACCUGCUUUGCAUAUCUUUCGUCUUCGCGUGUACCAGUUCAGAGUUCUUUGAAGUACAUGUGUCUUGUGUACACUGUAUGUGUAACAACGUUGAAUACUUCUUAUGUACUCUUGGUGGUAGUAUGUACUGCG